CGAUCUUCUUUGUAUGGAAAGAGACAACCUUUGUUCCUAAAAUUGCAUUUAUAGAACAGAGGAAGCUAGGCUCUCAGUCUCAAACCUUCCAUCUCCACCAAUUUCACGACAAUGGAACUUCCACACUUUCUCAGCCUAGUCUCCUUAUACGGCAGCUACCUCCGCCGCGCUUUCACCGCCUCCGGCCUCUCAUCACAGACCAUCGACGUGGACAGCGAAACCACCAUCCAUUUCUGGGGUCCCAUUCCCAAACCCACCCAAACCACCCAAAAACCCUCGCUUGUUUUAAUCCACGGCUUCGGCCCCAUGGCGCUCUGGCAGUGGCGUCAGCAGGUCCAGUUCUUCUCCCCUCACUUCAACGUCUACGUCCCUGACCUUGUCUUCUUCGGCGGCUCCACCACCAAGUCGUCGGAGAGAGCCGAGACCUUCCAGGCGGUUUCCGUCGGAAAACUGCUCGAGAUCUUGGGAGUGAAUAGAUUUUACGUGAUGGGAACCAGCUACGGCGGCCUGGUGGCGUAUCACAUGGCGAGGAUGUGGCCGGAGAGAGUUGAAAAGGUGGUGAUCGGAAGCUCUGGGGUUAACAUGAGACUAAGAGACAACGAGGCGUUGCUGAAGAGGGCCAAGUUGGAGAAGAUUGAGGAGCUUAUGUUGCCGGUCACGGCGGCUCAGUUACGGACGUUAAUGGGUUUGUCCGUGUCCAUGCGUUUCAACAUGUUCCCGGAUUUUUUCCUCAACGACUUGGUGCAGAAAUUGUACUCGCAAAACAGGAAGGAAAAGAUUGAACUUUUGAAGGGACUAACCCUUGGGAGAGAUGACACUGCAAACAUUUCUCCUCUUAAGCAGGAGGUCUUGAUAGUAUGGGGAGAUCAUGACCAGAUAUUUCCAUUAGAGAUGGCUACUGAACUCAAGGAGCUUCUUGGGGAGAAGGCAAGAUUAGAAGUGAUAAAGAACACGGCACACGUUCCCCAGAUUGAAUGCCCAGGACAGUUCAACAACAUUGUCAAAAAUUUCUUAUGUGGGCCCCUUUGAUUAAUGUGUUAUCUUCUCUAUUUAACGUACGUAGCUAAGAUUCUUAAUUUUGAUUAUAUAUAUAUAUAUAUAUAUAUAUUAUAUGAAACAAAGAUGGGUACGGCGUGUGCUU